CUCCAUCACCAGUCAUAUGCUUAGAGGCUGAGCAAUUUUACAGAUUUAGUGGAAGCAAAAUGGGAGCAAAAUUUUAAUCACUAUAUUAUCAUAAUAGCUGAAAUAACCUCUUGACUUCUAUUCCAUAAUGGGUAAUCCCAUCACCUAAAUAGGCAAUAAAUAAAUGAAUAAAUAAAUAAAUAAAUAAAUAAAAAUUGAAUGAAACCAUCAUCUACAUUUAUUUUCUGAAUGGACCAUGUGUUAUUUUGUGAUUUGGUGCUCAUUAACAUUAGCACCAAGCAGUCUGAUGUGGGAAGCAGGUAGUACAAGGAAAGGUUAACCUCUGAUCUCUGUUUUUAUGUUUCUUCUUUUAUAUUUUGUGCAAGGCCUCUGAUGGAGCGACACAUGUCAUUAGGUAGGCUGCUUUCUUUUACUUUUUCUGUGUGCUAUUUCCUUCCCCUACUCCCUCCCUCCGUUCUCUCUCUCUCACUCUCUCUCUCCUAUUAUCUCUCCCCUGCCUCCAUCUGGACUGAGGUUUUUAGCGCUUGCUAAAGCAGCCCUUUCUGCUGAGGAACUGGGAAGGCUAAUUCUGAUGCAUUCUGCUCAAAGAAAAAGGAUAUAGACUCAUGUACACUGUGAUCUGAUCUGAAAAUGAGACGUAAAGCUCACAAAUGGAUCAAUACUGACAGAAAAUUACUGUCUGAUUCUGGAAGGAAACUUAGGGUCUUUCACAGUCUCUCCAACACGCAGUGGAUUUACUAAACACAAGAAAAAGCAAAAUAUAACAUGAAAAAAAUAUGUAUUGGGAAAACUGCACUAAAAGCUUCUCGAAAUGGUUGUAAACUUCAGAAAAGAAGUUCAUUGCAGGAGCAGAAGGACGACCUACGGAGGCAGCUGUCCUAUACCACUCAUAAGCUGGAGAUGCUGGAGACCGAGUUUGAAGCCACCAAGCAGUACCUGGAGACAGAACUAAGAAGGGCACAGGAGGAGCUGGAGAAAUUCACUGACAAGCUACGCAGGAUACAGAGCAGCUAUGCAGCACUGCAGAGAAUAAACCAAGAAUUAGAGGAGAAGUUUAAAGAAAAGAUACAGCAAUAUGAAGAGGAGAAAAGGACACUCAGUCGAGAGAUCAUCGUACUCAACAAUCAUUUAACGGAGGCCAAGAUCACUAUUAAAAAGCUAAGAGAAGACAAUGACCUGUACAAGAAGGACUGCAACAGUGUAGCUCAACUCCUGCACUGUGGAAAAUCCCUUUACAGAGCCAAGAUGCAGUCCAAGCUGCCCACUGAGUUCCAAGACAAGGCAAGUUCUCACCUGGAGAACCAUGGGCAUGGGAGCAGCAAGGGCUUGUUCCACUCACCCUAUUCGGAUGCUGCGUCUACAGUCAUUACCAAAUUAGAGGAGAAGCCUGGGCCAGGGAGUAGCUGCCCAGUCACCCGCUCACCUAGUCCUCAGCCUCAAGACCCAAACUUUCUGACAAACACUGAAAUGAAGAGUGUUGAUACUCUCCAACACCAUGUUGUAUAUAAAUCUUCUGACCUGUACCGCAGUGACACAGCAUUAUAUUGUCCCAUGGAUGAAAGGCGACAGGAUCGUUGGCAGGAGCGUCGGAAGAGUGUAGACCUCCAAGGCAGGAACACCACCAUUCUCCAGACCCGGAACUCUACAGAUAGCAACCUGAAGGAUUAUACCUUCCACUCCCACUACAAUGAUGUGGAGCUCCAUGAAGGAUCCACACCAGGCUCUAGCUCUUACUCUAGCUUUAGUGUGGCUUCAGAUGAGAAAGGUCUUGCUCCCAGCAGCACCCUUUCCUCCUCUCACUUGGCUCUAUACAUGGACUGGCGGGAUGGUGAUUACGAGUCUAAGAGCACAUCUUCAUAUGACAAAGACAACCAAGGAUUUCCAAAGUCACACAGCUUCCAACACAUGACCUCCAGCCCACUAAAGGGCAACCCCCCAGUCUAUAUGCGGACAUCAUCGUGCUACAGCGAGCCAUACCAUUCACCAGGGCUCACCUCCUCCCACAGCAUGUGCACUUCAGGAGUUCCAAAAGACAGCUGCAGCAGCAUUCAUAUUCCUGAGGAGGAGCUAAUAGGCCCUUGGAGGCAUCUGAGUGUGGAGGAUAUCAAUAGCUUUUCGUAUCUCAAUCCUGGACGCGUUUCUCCUUACAGCUUCUCUGAGCAGCACUUUGCAAUCGGCCAUUCAAAAAUCAAACUAGGACCCCUGUACAGCAGUGUCCAGGAAGGAGACAACACCUUCCACACAGGUAUGCCAGAUUCCUGCUUCUCCAACUCUCCUGGCUCUAGCAUGGCACCAAGCCCUAAGCACAGUCUGGGUUUGUGUAAGACUGAAAAAGGACAAAUGUACCAGUCAAAUAACAGCAUCCAGGAGUCUAAGAGCAGCCUCUUCAUUGCAGGAAUCUCAAAAGACAACGGCAGCACUGUGGGAAAUGUGAAUAAAGAAUAUGUGGACGUAAGCCCCAAUAGCUCAGCAGACUCACUGCACCAAAGUCCAAUGGGUGCUUCCAAUAUACGGCACUACCAGCUUCAAAGUCCAGGGGCACAGAUGAAGACUUCUCCACAGCAUCAAAAAUUCAGUACAGGACUCAGCAGAAAGGACAGCCUCACCAAAGCUCAGCUGUAUGGAACACUGCUUAACUGAGUCUUUUAGCCAUAGCUGAACCCUCCACCCUCACCGAAACAUUUGAAAUACCUCAUUCCAAAGUCAUUAUACUUAUGUAUGUAGAGCACUAAUAUUUUAGGAUAGGGGCUUUAAGUUCAUAUAUAUAUAUACUUGCACAGUAUUUACAGGCUCAAGACACAUUCUGCUGCAGUUAAGAUUCUAGCACACCAAUGCCAAGGAACCCUUUAGUUAUAAAAAUCAUGUCUAACUGCAUCGCAGCAGAAACUGUAGAGCAGCAAAAAUGUUUUGUGUGGGUUAUGUUAUCUAAACAUAGGGUGAAGGCCUCUGCUUAAAAAUUACGUCUUGAAAUAUGUGCAUGGAGCAAAUUUCAAAGAUAUUUCAUUUUAUGUGAUUUUUUUUGGUGUUCUGUUCCUUAACAAGAAAGAAGAGAAGUCUAUAAAAAUCCUUGUUAAUCCUAAUGAAAAACUUUCAGACUGUUUACAAAUGCAUUCACCGUAUCUCUGUGUAGAGAAUGAGUAAUGCCAGAAAAAAACCAGUAUCCCUAAAAAAUUAGAUUCAUGCUAUUUGCUUUAUCUUGGUAUUCAUUAGUUUAUUAUUAUUUAUUAAUUAUCUGCAUAUUGUUAACAUUUCUAACUUGCUGUAUUUAGCUUGAUCUACUAUGAAGGAGUUGUAGGAGAGAGCAUGAGCUUUUAUCUGCUUCACCCUUCAACUAAUUAAUAGUUGUUAGUAAUAUAAUUAUAUGCAACACUCAUAAGUUAAGUAAAGACUUAUCUUGUGUGGAAAGAAAGUCCAAAAUUUUGCAGAAACUAAUAAGCCCAGGAGGUAUGUAAAAUGGAUUGUGUAGUCCUUCCCAAGACAAAUCAUCCAUUUUAUUCCUACUUUGGCAUCGGAUACACUGUGAACUCAUAUGCCAAUAUAUUAGGCACACCUAUCCUAUCGGUAUACUCACUGGCCAUUUUUCCAUCUAAGGCUAGCUAUAUUUUUGCUACAUUUAUACAUAUACAGUAUAAGGCCAUGUUUACGUCUGAACAAAUAAACAUUUUGAUGUACUAGAGGAGCUUCCGACGCAUAUUUUUACUAACAUAUACACUAUAUGGCCAAAAGUUUGUGGACAUCUGACCAUAUGUAAGUCUUUCCUAAAUUGUUGCAACAAAGUUGGAAGCAUACAUUUGCAUAUAGUGUCUUUGUAUAUUGUAGCAUUAAUAAUUUCCUGUCACUGGAACUAAGAGGCUUAAGCCUGUUCCAGCAUGUCCUGCACAAAACCCUGCCCUCAACCACAAUAAACAACUUUGGGAUGAACUGGGAUGAAUCUCUGAUCUCAUUAAUGACCUUGUGGCUGAAUAAACACAAAUCCCCACAGUCACGGUCUAAAAUCUACUGAAAAUCCUUUCCCAAGAUAGUAGAGUUUAGUCUAAGGACUAAAUCUGGAAGAGGAUGCACAAAAAGCACAUAUGGGUAUGAGGAGGUGUCCACAUGGACCUACAAGGUACCUUUUAUAUGGCUAAUAUUCACUUAAACAACUAACAAACUUGUUAAGAUCCAAAUGUGCAUUGCGGUUAACUAGACCAGCAGUGGUGUGGUUGAGCAUCAGCUGUGGACGGAUAAGGUGAAAGGGCCAGUAGGUAGUAUUGGAAGCUGGCGACCGCCCACUUGACAACCAGACACCCCUACUCAUACUUCCCCAGACUACUUCAAACAGCACCUCCAUAUCUAUAAAUAGAUGGCCAGUGAUGGUUUGAUUUACCAAGAACUCUGGACAUGACCACACCCUGUAGCUGCUGCCAUGCUAAUAUUUACCAAUUACUAGCAAAAAGUUGACACAAAACCUGAAUUAUCUAUAAUUUAAUAUAGUUUUUAAUUGAUCAUUAUUACUUUUUGCAGAUACUGAAUUUAUGAUUGAUGCUAUAAUUGACUAGACAGAUAUGGAUUAUUAUUGACUGACUGCAAAUCAAGCAUUUUAUUGUAUGGAAAUACGGUGUUAUUGUUAGUAGUGGUAUGUCUACCACAGUGGUACGUUGGCAUGUAGCCAUGCUGUAUCUCCUUCUAAAAUCAAAACAAUAUUUAAAUUUCUUAAUGCUGACAAUUACAGUUAAUCCGAUGGCCAGUGAACGUAUGCGCAAGGUAACACUGGCAACUGUGUGUAUGCUACAGCAGCUUAGAUAUUUUUAGUUGGUUUUGACAUCAUCUCUGAUCUUAGUCAGUGUUAGAAAACUUAUUCACCUGUUUAUGUUCAACACAGCUUUCCUUACCUGUUGUAAUUUCCCAGUCCUGUUCUACCUCAGAUAUGUCAGCUGUUUGCUUGAUGCAUGGUUUUAAACUUUUCUGAUGUGCUUGUUUAUGAAAUAAACACAAAUUAGGAACACA